AUGCACUUUCAGUCGCAUGUAUCCACAACCACCGUCCAUGAACUCUUCUCCGUCAACGACUGCACCAUCAACGCCACUUUGGGAGGGGACAUGUGGCGGAGCAUGGAUCUCUUCGCUGUCACCGCCUUUGAGGACUUCGGUUUGGUCAUCAACACGGAGAAAACGAUUAUCGUGCACCAACCGCCACCCAACACAACCCACAGUGCCCCGCAAAUCAGAGUGAACGGAACCCAACUGCAAGUGCUGGACAACUUCAUGUAUCUGGGCAGCACCCUCUCCCGCAUCACCAAAGUCGACGAAAAAGUUGUCCGUCGUAUUUCCAAUGCCAACCAAGCAUUCGGUCGUCUGCAGAACACCGCCUGGAACCAUCACGGUCUCCAUCUCAACACGAGGCUGAAGAUGUACAAUGCAAUCAUCCUGCCGACACUGCUGUAUGGAGCUGAGACCUGUACGAUCCACAAGAAGCAGGCGCGAAGAUUCGACCAUUUUCACCUCAGCUGUCUUCGACGGAUACUGAAGCCGAGGUGGAAGGACCGGAUACCCGACACGGAUGGACUGGAGCGUACGGGAAUUCUCAGCAUCUACGCCAUGCUGAGGCAACUACAACUGCGUUGGAGCGGCCGCCUCGUGCGGAUGGACAAGAGGCUACCCACACGACUCUUCCAUCGAUAUAUUGCAAAGGGUUUCACGCCGCCAGUGAGGCCAAAUCCGUCGAUACAAGGACACUUUGAAGACCUCUCUCAAGCGUCUGCAAAUCCACUUGACCAGCUGCGAAGACCUCAACCAUGA